GCCAAAAUGAUAUUUACAGAUGCAUUAUUUUUUCCAUUGAACACAUAACGAAACAUUCAAUUUAAACAGGAUUUCAGUUGUAAGAAAACUAUUUGACAAUUUCUUUGUGUACACUGCAAAUUAAACAUAACAUUUUAAUAUGUCAAUAUAAUGUCAUCAAUGCAGCUGUUAAAAUUCAUGCAAAUUCCAGAUGCUCAAAAUGGUACAAUUGUUAUGAUACGACAAGAGCUACGUUUUUUACACUGCAUGAGUGAGUUUGAGGAAGAAAAUGGGUAGCCCCAAUAUCUGUCAGGAAGAAAACCUUCUAUGGUGCCUUUUUAUUGUGAAUGUUCUAUAUGUGAUUUAGUAAGAUUUCAGUGGCACAGCUUAUCCUACCUAACUGUGCAGUACUAUUCAAAAGCUUGGAAAUGCAUAUUUGAUCAAAUUAAGUGGGUAGGUGUGUCCAAACUUGACUGGUUUUGUAUUCGCUUCACUUUAUCUCUUCAACCAGAGGACGUUGAGGAAAGUUUCACUGGAGGCAGUGCUCUAAUCAAAACAAAUGCAAGUAAGAGAGAGGGGAGGGAAGGGAAAUGAAGGAGGCAAACGACUUUUACUCUUGACUUAGAUACCCUGGAAGGUCACAGUAUGAGGGGACUGCUGUUGAAUUUGAUGAUCAUUCUGCUUAUUGUGGGAAGCCUGCUUACCUUUCUCAUCUGGAUCACAUCCAUCAACAAUAAUUCGAAACCCUAUCAACACUAUCCUCGCAUGAAAAUAAUCUCUCAUUCUUCUGAAUCCGGUAAAAACCAUAGGGAAACCAUCAAUAAAGACAGAGAUAAUAUCUUUACGGCCGUGGAGAAGCAGGACGACAAGAAUCGAUUACUUAGAUCUCAGUUGAGCAGCACAUGCCAUGGUUUGGACAAGGCCAUCAUUACCCAGGCCAACACUCCACUGGGAUCAAAGCUUGUUUAUGAUGGGCAAAAGGGCAGGACCAUCCCUGUGACCUUGAAGAAUUUUAACACCUUUGCAAAAAACCCUUUCUCAAAUAAAACACUGCACACUUGUGCAGUUGUUGGAAAUGGUGGGAUCCUGGCCAACAGCAGUUGUGGAAAAAAUAUCGAUUCAGCUCAGUUUGUCAUCAGGUGCAACCUACCUCCCUUGUCAAACGGAUAUGAGAAACAUGUUGGCACCAAGACAGAUCUUGUAACAGCCAACCCAAGCAUCUUUCUACAGAAGUAUGAGGCUCUCAAAAAGAAUCAACAUAAAUUUGUGGAGAAUCUUCAAGUCUAUGGCAAAUCUCUGCUUCUUAUUCCUGCCUUCUCUUUUACUGUCAACACGGAUGUGUCAUUGCGAGCUUUCAGUCUGACUGAGGAGUCUAAAAGCUCCAUCCAAACAGUCUUCUUAAACCCAGAGUACCUUGAAGAUCUAAAGCGCUUCUGGGGAUCUCAGGGUUUAAGACCAUCACGGCUUAGUACUGGUAUGAUGAUGGUUAGCCUGGCAAUGGAACUAUGUGCAGAUAUACAUCUGUAUGGAUUCUGGCCCUUCGGUUUUCACCCACGUGACUGGCAUCUCCUGACUAACCACUAUUACGAUGAUAAACCACCUUUAAGAAACUUCCACACCAUCUCAGAUGAGUUUAUGAUCUUACUUCUGCUGCACAAUCGAGGGAUGCUCAGGCUGCAUCUGGAUGACUGUAAACAUUAAAAGCGGCCCACAUUUGUUUCACCAUAUGCUCAGGAAGAGGCCAAUCACACUGACAUUCCUUGAUAUGAAUGGACUGUCUUAGUGGAAUAAUACACCAACUAUAACCAAGUAUUCACCUUCGUCUGCCAACCUAUCAGCACCCUUAAAACUUGCACUGGCUUUAAAAUGCAAUCAGAAGACAGAUUAGUUCAGUUUACUACAAAUUUGCAUGGAAACCUGUUGCCUUAAACCACUUCAGAUUUUCAAAUCCUGAAACUAAACAUGCCAAGUUGUAUCAACAUAGAUGAUCGUUGGAGUUUACUCAAACCCAUUAAAAAUAACUUUUUUUUUCCCCUUUUUUUUUUUGGUAAUGAGACACUGUUAAUACAUAACAUAAAAUGAUAACCAAUCACUACAAAGAGAUUUAUGUUUAAACCAAAUCUGGGCUAAGAGUGGGACUGUAUCCAACGAUAAUGCACAAUUCAAUCCAUAACCUACUGUUUAAUCCACAGGUCUCUGUAUUAAUUUCAAUGCACAGCUGUAAAGAGAGUAUUUUUAAAAGAGCAUUUUUUGAAUGUUGGUUAAUACUAUGUCAUGCAAUGACGCUUGCAUGCCAGCUCAGAUAUUUGUUGUAUAUAUAAUUUGUGCACUCUAGUUGUUUUAUUAUCAAUAAUAUAACUACGGAAAACUGGAGUAAAUUAAUUUGAUUACAGAUGCUUUUACAUGUGCAUUAUGUUGGCAAGGACAUCUUUAUUUAUAAAGUGCAUCUGAUUGCAAAUAAUGAUCUUUUCUUCAAGGAAGAAAAUGCUAUGGUACUAACUGUGGUGGUGAAAUUGUGUUUGUAUGGUUUUCAUAAUGACCAGCCUGCUUUAAGUACUGGUAUAAGUACAGUACUGCCGUAUAUUAAUUUAGAAAUGAUGCCAUUUACUGUGCAGAUUUAACUGACGGUUAUGAGUGUGUAUGACUGUGAAAUGUGCUGGGCAGUUUAGUAAUGUAGAGCAGAUGUUGCUCAGGAGACAAAGUUGUUGCACCUUAACCUACCUUUAAUCUACAUGUGGCACAGUUUUGGACAUGAUACUGAACCCCACAUUAUCCACAUUCACAACCAGUCAAAAUUUUGGACACACUUUCCCAUCAGAUUUAAUAGGAAAAUGUGUCCAAACUUUUAUAUGUUCCUCAGAUAUAAGCUGCUUUAGAUAAAAGUAUCUGCUGGACAAACAUAAUAUAACAGCCGAGCCUAAGUUUGAGUGUUGACUGGGAGUUUUGUCAUGCAGAAAAAUUACAUAGAAAUUGUAGAUUAACCAGGCUCCAUAACUUUCUGUAUGUCAAAUGCACAGUCAAGUGAAUAUUUUUGUGAUUUUGGGACUUAUUUGUGUAAGCAGCACAAUACGAGAGGAAUAAAUUAAGUUGAAGUUACCAAAAAAUGACCAGAAAGAAAACUUAUUUAUAUCAGUGACUGCAGAGGAUACCAGACGUUUUUUUUUAUUUAUUUAUUUUAUUUUAUUCUUUCCCCCCAGGGAUCUCAGUUUGCUUAAUUAGGGCUAUUUUAUUUUAGCAUUUCCUUUCUGUGUUUGUUAAUUAAUUUAAUUUCUUUUAAUCUUUGUUUUUUUAAUGCACUUGUAUUGUGUUCUGCACCUUGCUGUAAUGUUUUAUAAA